UCUUUGUGUGUAUUUGAGGGAGGGAUGGUGAAGGAGUGAGUGGGAUGAAAUGAGCUGGAAAGAGGGAUGACCUCAAUUUAAAAGGGGUUGGGUAAAGGGUCAACACAAGCGGUAAAAGGUGCAGAGGGAACGGUGGAAGAAGGAUUAGGGGGACCUGGGAGGAAGAGGCUGAACCGCACCGAUCGAGAGCUUGAAGCAGACGAGGAGGCAGGGCAGCUUUGUUUUCCCAACAUUUCAUUUUGACAUCAGAGCCGUCUUCUGACACCCAACCGAGAAAUGUGGGCAUCGCAACGCUGACCCUCUGAAGAUGAUACCGGGCAAACCUCUGUCGGGCGCCGAAAUGGUGCGAAUGGGCUUCAUAUUCCUGCUGAUGAGCAACGCCGCCUCCGUCUCCACACAGUUUAACGGAUUCAACUGUGACGCCAAUUACCACAGCCGCUAUCCUGCUGAGAGGGACAUCAGUGUUUACUGCGGGGUUCAGACCAUCACCUUGAAGAUCAACUUCUGCCCAGUGCUGUACUCCGGCUACACCGCCGCAGACCUGGCUCUGAACGGACACCACAGCGACGCUCAGUGCCGAGGCUUCAUCAACAACAACACGUUCCCCACGGCGGUGCUGUUCAGCAUCAGCCUCAGCACCCUGGAGGCCUGCGGUAACAGCCUGGUGGUCAGCACGGCCUACGGGACCAACGCCUACGGGAACAUGUCUCUGGUACAAAUUGGAAAUGUCUCGGGUUAUAUUGACACUCCCGAUCCACCCACUAUAAUCAGCUACCUGCCCGGCCUGCUGUAUAAAUUCAGCUGCAGCUACCCGCUGGAAUACCUGGUCAAUAACUCACAACUGGCAUCCUCCUCCGCAGCUAUUUCUGUCAAAGAUAGCAACGGCACAUUCGUGAGCACGCUCAGUAUGAUCCUGUACAACGAUUCAACGUACAAUCAGCCUCUGUCCAUCCCUAUGUCCGGACUGGCUCUGAAAACUCGAGUCUUCGCUGCUGUGAAAGCCACUAAUUUAGACAAACGAUGGAAUAUCUUGAUGGACUACUGUUACACAACCCCCUCAGGGAAUCCUAAUGAUGAACUCCGCUAUGACCUUUUCUUUGGCUGCUAUAAAGACCCCCAAACAACCGUCUUUGAGAACGGGAAGAGCCAGAUGGGUCGCUUUUCCUUCGAGGUCUUCCGCUUUGUGAAGCACCGCCAUCAGAAGAUGUCCACCGUGUUUCUGCACUGCGUCACCAAGCUGUGCCGGGCAGACGACUGCAUCAUGCUCAUACCAAUCUGUGGGCGACGGCGCAGGCGGGAUGGAGGGCAGAGCCCUGGUUCCCUGCCAGCAGCAUCUGGGAACGCCAUUAUCACUGCAGGUCCAAUCAUCACCAGGAGUGAUGAAACUCCUACCAACAACUCCCAACUAGCGUCGGCCGAUUCCAAACACUCCGUGAACUCGAUGACCGCUGCUCUGAUCGCAGGCGUGGUCAUCCUGGGCGUGGUCAGCGUGGGCCUCUUCCUGUUGCUGCUCCGCCUCCUGCAGAAGUCCCGCCUCCCUGGAGAUGCAUCCUCAGGUGUUUGGAACCCAAGUUUUAAAUGAUAAAUGAAGAAGUCACGCGUGCAGGAAUUACACAAGAGCUGCUUCCUGGAUUCGCUGGUUGUGAUGUUUUAUUGCUUUUUAGGUAUUUAUUGCCUCCAAUACCUCAUUUUUAUUCAACCCUUUGUUGUUGGUAAAUAUGCCUCAAACUUUUUAAGCUUCUAUAAUUUUUUUCUUCUCAGAAUUCAAUAAAAUUGGCAUCAAAUGUAAUUUACUUAUAAACAAAAAGAUUUUGCAAACAGCUGAAAAUCAGAAACUAUGAUAUGUCAUGCAGUGUUUUCUACAAAUGGAUUUAACGCUGCUUGUUUAAACUGUUUCAUGAUUUUUUGGUAGUUAGAUGCUGCACGUAAAAGUUUAAAGAUCUAUUUGUAACAUAAAUUGACGUUAAAAACACAAGAACUUUGAUAGCCCCUUAAAUUUGCUCAUGUUUUUAUCCAGAUUAUUAGAGGAGAUUAGCGCAGAGACCAAGUAUUUAUGCCAAAUAGUGCAUUAGUUAAUAGAUUAUUGAUGUUUUUUUCUGUUUUUCAUUUUAAAUGCUUUUUUUGUGAUAAUAAAGCGAUUUUUCUAAAUCUAGUGUGUUUGCAAGGUUGUUUUUCUGUGUUCA